UUACAGUUAGAUUAGACAUAACCUCACACUGUUACAGUAGUUAAGAGGAGUUUCUGAAAUUUUAUUUACAUAUUAUAAAUAUUUUUAUAUAUUAAUAUGUCGAAGAAAAGGGAAAUUAUGUCGACGGAAAGUUAUAAGCAAGCUGUUCUUAUAGCGGAUACAUUCGAGAAUGAGUUUGUACCUAUUUCCAAUGAUAUUCCACUGAGUUUAUUCCCACUUGCGAACAAGCCCCUGAUUGAUUAUACACUUGAAUUUUUGUCACUUGGAGGUAUUGACGAAACCUUUCUUUUUUGCUGCAAGCAUGCUGCCAAAAUAAAAGCUCAUAUAAAAAAAUGCAUGGAAGAGGCUGUGGGAUGGACGUUAUCCAUGAAAGUACACCUAAUAGUAUCUGAGAGUUGUCGUUCAUUUGGUGAUUGUUUACGAGACUUAGAUGCUAAAGGGCAUAUCAGAGGCGAUUUUAUUUUAUUGGAACCAGGCGUAGUGUCCAAUAUUUCAUUAUUACCUUUACUAAAGAGGCAUAGUGCUCAAUGUAAAGCGGACAAAGGCACUGCAAUGACAUUAGUAUUUCAAGAAUGCGGUUCUGGACACACAAGUUUGUCGCCCGAAGAUGAAGUUUGUGUUGCUCUUUCGCAAAAAAAUAGAGUAUUAUUUCACAAAAAAACCAAAAGAAGCAACGAUAAGAGGGUUGACAUUCCUUUGGAAAUCUUUUUAGAGAACCCAGUUGUUUCUAUUCGCCAUGACAUCAGAGAUACACAUAUUACCAUUUGUUCUUCCUCCGUACUGCCACUGUUUAUUGAUAAUUUUGACUUUCAAACUAAAGACGAUUUUGUUCGGGGCUUAUUAAUAAAUGAGGAUAUUUUGGGAAGCACUAUCUAUUCUCAUAUUUUAAAGGGCAGUAAUUAUGCAGCAUCUGUCCAUAAUUGGCGAUCUUAUCAGUCAAUUAGCAUGGAACUGAAAGACAAUUGGAUUUAUCCGCUCACUCCAUCAUCUAAACGGAGCAGAUUGGUGCCAAACGAGUCCAUUGUAUCACCUACUUCAAAAGUUGCUUUAUCGGCAAUUUUAUGUAGGUGCAUUGUAGGUCCAAAUGUAGUGAUAGGAGAAAAGGUCACUAUCCAGGAUGCCUUUAUUUUUGAAAACACACACAUUGAAGAUAGUGCGAUAGUAUCUUUAAGCGUUAUUGGUUCUGAUUGUUUAAUUAAGAAAGGUGCCAAAGUUACCGUAGGAUCGGUUUUGGGUAAAGGCGUCGUGAUCAAUGAAAAUAGCUUGAUUGAAAAUACUUUAGUCCAAGCCACCGAAUCCGAAUAUGAUUUAGCUCAACCUGAAGAUAAGCUUGGCGACGCAGCUUAUAGACUGCGUGCAGAUGAAGACGAGGAAGACCUGGAAAUGGAUAAAAUAUUAGCUAAGAGACUGUCAAGGUUGCACUUUUAUGAUGCGACAUCUGACACAGAAUACGAAACUGAGGAGGAACUUAGUGAUAGCGAUGUUCUGUCACGAUCCGACUCUCCUCCGCUUGAUGACACUAAAGUGUUCUUCACAGAAGUAAUAGAUAGUUUGGCUCGUGGAUUCGAGGAUAAACUACUAUGUGAUAAUUUGAUUUUAGAAGUCAACUCUUCACGUUAUGCAUACAAUAUUACACUGGAAGAAGUAAACUACUACGUGAUCAAAGCCAUUUUGAUAAUGUCGUAUAAGUUACCUACCGGUGGGCAAUAUUUUUCUAAGUUUGCCCAAUUAUUGAACUACUUUACUCCAGUUCUAAAAAACUACAUUAAAUCGCAGAGUUCAAUGGGCGACUGUCUUCAAGCUGUUGAGGACGUCGCUGAAUCGGGCGAGCCAUUAUCAGACAAAUGGGCAAUUUUUGUGGUAAAAUACUUGUAUGAGAAGGAUUAUUUGAGUGAAGAUGCCAUACUGAAAUGGUUUGCCAAUGUUAGUCCGGAAUCCAAAAUGUGGAGUCAAGUAAACCGUUUUGUGGAGUGGUUGCAAGAGGCCGAAGAAGAAGACUCAUCAGAAGAGGAAUCUGAAUAAAACAUGUGCACUAAGCAUGAGUUCUGCCAUUUUUAAUUUCUAAUAGUCAAUUAAAUGAAUUUUAUCUAA